GCCUGGUUCAAGCGGAACUUUUAUGAAAAAUAUAAAACACAAAAAUAAGUCUGACGUUUCGUUCAUCGCCUACGCGCGUGUCGCGUAGCUACCGGUGUAUAUCACACGCGUUUAUUCCCGUUCUAAUUAUAGCAGGGAAUUGUUUAACCACAGGCGGCUUCGAAGAGGAAUAUCGCUUCAUAUGUACUAAACUCAUCUGUCAACAAGCAAAGAAUAUGAAGGAUUAUAUAUCCUAUGAAAUGGGAUAAAGAAAGAAUCCUCGCGGUUUAAUGAAAAGCAAACAAAAUUAUGGACGUUGUCGAUAUAGUAAGUUAAAUAUUCUUGUCAAACGUGAUGUCAUUUUUAGUUGUAAAUUUUGGCGUGAAUUCAAGCUGUCAAAAGCCGAACGCUGGGCUUUUAAUGUGAAACGGUCUAGUUAAUACACUACGGUAUAUCACAUAGUAUUCAGUUUAAUAAUUAACAGAAAUUUAAGCUGACAGUCCUUGGUACAGUAAAAAGCUCAAAUAAUAGAAUCUGUAGUUUUGGAACAUGUGAUAUUUCGAUUCGACAAAGAUAAUUUCAAACAAAUUGUGCACAAUAUGGGGUUCCAAUCUUCAAAGUUGCUUGUAGCUUUUCUGUUUGGUGUGUUCGUUUUCGAAAUCAAAUCGUAAUAACAUAUUUACAGAAUCUGUUUGGCAAAUUUUCAAUGUUAUUAUUUUGAACAUGGCUUUGGAAGUCGUUGUUUUACGUUGAGAGUAUAUCGUAAAUUGCACAAAUUUGAUAAAUGAGAUGUCACAAUUUUAAAUAUAAUCGAAGAAUUUCGCUACCCUGCUAGUUAGGUAUUAAUAAAUGUGGUUAAUGUUUGAAAGGACACAAAAAUGGCCUACAUGUGGAGGAAAUAUUAUAGUUUCAAGUAAAUACUCGUUUGUAUGGCUUUAUUUGCGUACGAAAUUUGAGCUGGUGAAUUCAUUGUGUUAGUAUAUAAUAGUUGGACGACAAAAUUAUAUGAAUUCUUUUGCUUUGUUUUGAAUGUUGAAAUUGGCUCCCAUCACAGCACGUCUGUGCGAACUUUGUGAAAUCAAAUACUCUGUUCAAAAAAUCGUAAUUCCCAUAUUUAUUGUAUUCAAAAAGCAUAUAUAUCAAAGCUAUUUUGCUCAGAUUGAAACUGGCGAACUUAGGUAAGUUUUUGUGGGGAAAAAGUUUAGUUUCAUUUGGCUAUUUUCUUUGCUUUGUCAUUAAUUCACACGUUAAAGUGAUCCAUCUUUUUGUAUUAUGCACGCUUCGCUUGAUGGUCAAUAGCUCUGAAAUAUUUGUCUGACAAUUUCCUGUCAGACAAGUGCUGAUACUUAAUUCUGAAGUUUUAUUUAGCAAUAUAGUGCUUAUUCUUUGUUCCUGUGUUUGAAAAAGUUUUUAUUGUUUAUAAACUGUUUUGAUUAUUAAAUGAUGGUUAAUGAUUAACUUUAGAAUGUUGUUAUUUUAUUUAUUAUUUUAUUAAAGAAAAUGUUUUCUUGUUACUCUCCUAUUUAAUACUUACAAUUUUGACCUACUGUACUGUGUAUUAUUUUACUCUGUCUAACACCAGACAAUUUUUGCCACUCAAUGGUUUAACCCAUUAAUGCACAAGACUAAUCUCCCCUUGACAAGUGAAAUCGUCUGACGUUAGACUGAGUAAAAUAUUAAAAUAGGGCAUGUUAGGGUACAAUACAUACAUUGUGGCUUAAUUAAUUGGUAAGAGUAAUCUAGCAUAUCCACUGUGCCAUAGAAAUUUAUGUAUAUUUUAUAAAUUAAGGGAUAAGACUAGUGAAUACUAAAUAAACAAUGGGCUAUUUUAUGAGAAGACUUUAGUAAGUAAAAUAUUUAUUAUCCAGUAUCUGCGUAUAUCGUUUUCUGCUUACCAGUAUCUAACUUAUCCCUAGCCAUUGGGGCACAUGAACUAACUGCAUUACUCAUAAUACAUCAUUAAGUGGCAAUGCACUCUACUUUAUUAUUUUACUCUGUCUAACACCAGAUGAUUUUACUCAUGAGGGGGAGAGUGCUGCCACUCAAUGGGUUAAUCAGCCUAUCUGCCCACGCACCCUGUUAAUCUUUACUGGCAAUGCACCCUACUUUAUUAUUUUAUCCUGUCUAAUGCCAAACAAUUUUACUGGUCAGGGGAAGAGUGUUGCAGAUGACUGGUCAGGGGAAUGGGUUAAUAUGUGUUUGAUUAUGGUUAUAGGGUUCAGCAGUAUGGGUGGAUGUGAACAUGGGUUACCUGUUGCCUGGUACUGUCGUAUCAGUGCUUGGAUCACACGUGAAGGUUCGCCUGGAUGACAAUAGAGAGGUACGCCAAUAUUCAGCACAUUUCCUGGGCUAGUGGGAGGUCUGCUUAAUUAUACAAUUUUCCUUUGAAUAAUUUAUUUAAUGGGAAAUUCAUUUUGAAAAGCUUUCAAUCCAUACUAUAAACCCAUUACCCAUAUAAUACAUUGGUGUAUUAUUUACACUAUUAUAUGCAGUAUGUAUAAACAUACUGUUAUGUGUCAAUGCACUUCCCUUCCAAAGCAUUCCAGAUCCCCUUGGAAAAUUUGUUUACCUUAACUUGCAAUUUUUGCCAUGAUUCUACAGUACUGUGCAAUUUUCUUCUGAUGGAUAUAUGAAUGAGUGAUGAAUGUUUGUUCCCAUGCAUCAGCUAGAAGACGAAAAUUGCACUAGCAGUCACAGCAAAAGUUGCAAGUGUAAACAGGCUUUAAUAAAGUAUGAUUUAAAUAGAGAAUAAUACAUGGGUGCGCGGGAAUACCAGAUUUAUUUCGAGUGUUGAACAUGAUAUCUCACGAGUGAGCGCAGCGAACGAGUGAGAUAUCAUGUUCAACACAAGAAAUAAAUUUGGUAUUUCCAAGCAACCAUGUAUUUUUUUGUUUAUUAUAUAAACAAAAUUCAGUGAAAAAAAUAAAACGUCCAUGGCAAUGCGUUUUACAACAAAUGAUAUUUUCACACAUAAAAAUAUCGUAUUUUUUAUGUGUGUUUAAAUACGAUUUUUCUCAGUGUCCAAAAACUCUAUAUAACACUUAUGUUUAUAUAAUAAAUAUGUUUAUUACAUUGGGAUUUAAAUUGUAUCAAAAUUCACAUUGUCAGGUGUACACCGUGCACUCUCACCUUGUCAGGCCAUUGAUCAACAGUGGACCAAAUGGAUAUGAAGAUAUGAUUAAGAUGGAGUAUGUAAUACUGGAUGUUGUUUUAUAAUAUAUCAAUACUAUUCUUCCACCCUUGGAGCACUUAAGCUGUCAUGGCUCUUUAAAAGCUUUUAAGGGAUCAUAAGUAACUGAUAGGGACUCAAACUUAAACUUGAAGUUAUUCUGCCAGCCCCACCAAGAGUCACAGAAAUAUUUUAGAAGAAUAGUAGAAUAAAAUUUUCCUAGGAAGUUAGUAGUAUGACAUGAUUUAAAAGAACAGAACAAUUUGCUAUUAGAUUGAGCUUAAGCAAGUGAUGUUUUUGACAACACAGAGUCACAUGUACAUAAUUUAACCUUUAAUUAUGGCAACAACAGUUCAUGCUUGAAAUCAAGAAUGUCAGUCAAUGUAGUUUCACAUUUGUGAUUUUAAACAAGAGCGGCUGUUGCCAUCUAUUUAAUAUGUUUCAAUAACUUGCAGUCAGUGUUUGUGAAUCAAAAACAUGGCUUGCCUGCACUCUUUACUGUACGUAUUAGAAGCCGCGGCUUCUUCAAGAGCAUUGAACUUGACAAUAUAUCCUACAGUAGCCAAAUGUUGAAGUGGGGAGGGACCCAACUUGAAAAUCUAAAGUACAGGUUUGAGAUUGAUGCAGGUUGAUGUGAUACUCAAGAUGGGGUUUGCCUAUUUUCAUGUUGUUUUAGACAAUAAAACCAUAAACCAAACGCACAUUCCACUCCCUCAUGAUAGCCUUACUCCCCUCCCCCUAAAAAAAGAGUGAAGCUUUGACAUGCAAAAUUCUAUACUCUAAACUACAAAUGACUAAUUUCUUUCCAGUGAUUUGCAUGAAGGUUCUAUUUUGUUUAACAUGAAGAAAAGAUACAGAAAUGGCUUGAUUUAUGUAAGUAUGGAGGUUCUUGAUGGGGUUACAUGCAUGACUGUUUUUUACUGAACUUUUACCAUGGUGUUACAUGACAGCUAGAGGCAAUUUUUCUUGCAACAUGCAACACGAUUUCAGAAACAAAGAAUUUUUAUCUAAAUUACGUACAGUACUCAAAUAGAAAUGGGAGCAUCUACUCUACCAAUAUUUAAAGUAAACAGUGGGCCACGUACUGCUCAAAAUUUUCCGCUUAAUGGGUAAAGUUUUACUACCUCAUUUCUAUAGACAUACAUUGGUCAGAUUUUAAUGUCUGUCAAUCCAUACAAGAUGUUUGAUAUUUACGGUCUUGAUAAAGUCAAAGAAUAUGAAGGAAAACCUAUUGGAGAAUUACCUCCGUAAGUUUAAUAAGAUCUCAUUUGAAAUUAUGUAUUCAUUGUGUUGUGUUGUGUUUUGUUGUGUCAUGUUUAUAUUGAGUUGCUGUUAUUUUGUGCGUGCUUUGUUGCUGUUAGUUGCGGCGUUAUCACAGGUUUAAUUAAGUUGGAUUGCAUGUGUUGCGUUCGUUUGUAUUGCGUUAGUUUGGGGUUAGCGUAGUUAAAUAAAGUUUUACCUACCUUACCUACCUACCUGCGUUAGUCAUUGGGCUGUAGUAUUGUGUUGUGUGUGUGUUAAUUGCGUUGCUUCGCGUUGCAUUCAUGUUUUGCGUUGCACAUCUUUUCAUUGUAUUGAAAAAUUGAAGCCCAACAUAAAAUGUUAAACAUCUUCCAUUGACAUUGACUUGUUUUUUUUUUCACCACAUUGCAGCACGUUAAUUGUUUGCGUUUGCGUUUGCGUUGUGUUGUGUUGUGCUGUUUUCGAAAAAAAUAACACCCUUUGGCUAUGGAGCCUUGGCUAUGGAGCCUUGAGACAUUGGCUUAAGAGCCCUUUAUCUUGUUACUGAUUUCAAAAUUAUAAACAGAUCUUUUCUAUUCACUUCUAUAUACUGUAUGGUUUCGUAGAUGUCUCACCUGUAACUCAUGUAACAAGAUUAAGGGCUCUAAAUCUAAUAUCUCAAUCACGAAGACUGAACGCUUUCUGCAAGGAUGUAAUUCUAUAAGACUUGAAAAUUGCAUCAUGAUAUUAUUCUGGAGCCGGUUGUUCAAACUGCUACAUUAGCGCUAAAAAAAUUUAACCUGCUGUUUUAGAUUAUGUAUUUCUGCACGUCUGUUUAUUUCAAAACUUCAGAAAAGAAAACUACAACUAAUUCAGACAAGAUUUCUAAAGAAAUCUAAUCCAGCUUUGAACAACUGGCCCCAAGAAACCGAGCGGUCUAGCGACGACAGCGGACACUUCAUUUUCAAGUUUUUUUCUAACUUGAUAGAGAACGUUUACAGGGAAAGGUUCGGAUUUGCGCAAAAUAAUCUGCAUAUUGGGCGUUUUUCUCCCUCAAAGAAACUUUGAAUCACGAAAAUCGCAUUACAGUGAGAAAAAAAAGGUUACAGGAGGACGCGCGUGACUGUAAAUAAAUGUAACAAAGUACAUUUGUUACAUUGAUGGACAAAUUGAGUCCCUAAUCCUGAAACGUUUUCAUUUGACACUGGUCCUACAACCACAACGAUACAAAUAGAUUCAUAUGUUGUUUUUCAGACAUAUUUUUGCCAUUGGCAAUGCAGCUUACUAUCAGAUGUUGAAGGAUGGAAUCAAUCAAGUUGUUGUCAUUAGGUAUAUAGUUAUACACUGUGGGACAGGCAAUGGGUAUUGUAAAGUGUACAACAUAUUGUACGCCUAUUGAGCAUAUUAACAUAUAUGCAUGGCGGUUUAUUUUUUAGUGGAGAGAGUGGCGCUGGUAAAACAGAAUCCUCCAAACUUUUGGUUCAAUAUUUGGCUGCAGUGAAUGAAGCUAAAGGAACCCUUAUAACUGAACAG